GUGUAUUUGGGCAAUUAACUCAAAUUGAUAGACAGUUCUGUUUCAUACAUCUAUGCGGAUUUUUUAAAAAGGAAACAGAUUUUUUUAUUACUUCUUAAUCCUGUCUAGCUAUUACGGCUAAUGAGACACAGCCCUUUGACAGACUGAAGGACGGUCGGAGGGAAGUUCAGCCGAAUCGGGUUCCCUAUUCUUUGGAAUGAUAGCUUCUCAUAUUUUCAUUAUGGUACAAUGACAAUCACAUACGAUAUAUCGUGGGAAUGAAUCGGAAAGUCCAGAAAUCAUUGUGGAUCAUAUUGCUUAUACUGGGAUUGAGUGUUGUCAGACUAAAGGCGUCAUGCCCCACUUCUGAACAUAUUUUACCUUGUAUAUGUACCAACAAAGGCGAAGAUCUGCAAAUAUGGUGUACGCACAGCGACCUGACUCGAGUGAUGAGGGGUAUCCAAAAAGUUGGCCAGUAUAUAAAGAGACCAAUAGAUGAAUUAAUUGUAGAAAAUAAUUAUUUGCCGUCAGUACCAGGAAAGUUUUUUCAGGCGAUAAAUGCGACGAGAAUAAUGCUUAGACAUAAUGGGCUGGAAAGACUAUCUUCGACUUGGCUUGAAACACAGGAAUCGAACCUUAUGGAAAUUUAUAUAGUAGAAAACGAUUUAAAAAGCAUCCCCGCUGAAAGUUUAUCGAAACUUCAUUAUCUCCAAGCAAUAACAAUUCAAUCACAAAAAUUGAAAAGAAUACCAACGUUUGCUAAUUUAAAGAAACUGAAAUACAUUAACAUACAAUCUGAAAGUUUAAACAAUAUAAGUGAGCAGACAUUUCAUAAUUUACCAAGCUUGAAUAAACUUUUUAUAACUGGUAGUCCAAAUCUUCAUAUCCUAAGAGAGAAUGUUUUUUAUAACUUGCCGAAAUUAACUAAACUAGAAAUAGCCAAUUGUGGGUUAUCGAAUAUACAUAUGAGAGCUCUAUCGUUGCUUCCACUUCUUAAUGAAUUAUCAUUGAAUAAUAAUCAGAUUUCAGAUGCGACAAUGGUCGGCAGAGCCACCAGAGAUUUACCAAUGCUAUCCACACUAAACCUACGAAAUAAUGUAAUAAACCAGUUAAACGAAGGUGCUUUUGUUGAUCAGACCAUGUUGGAAACUUUAUAUCUGGCCAACAAUAAUAUCAAAAUAAUUCACCACGGAUCAUUUCAUCGUGUCCCCAAAUUAAGAGUUGUUGAUUUAAAUUACAACGAAAUCAUCAGGAUACAUCCAGAAUCAUUCCUACAACCAUCGGGAAGCGGGGUGGAAGAACUAACUCUGAUCGGGAAUAAAAUAAUGCACACAUCAGAAUUUAGAUCAUUACUUGAUGCCCUGCCAAGGUUAAAAAUCUUGGACCUGAGUAAAAACUUUCUACGUGAAAUUCCAAGAGGAGCUUUGAGAGGGCAUGCAAGCCUAGAGCUAUUACAUUUAAAUGAAAAUAAAUUAAAAUUUAUAGAGCCAGAUUCUUUCGUUGCCAUGCCAGCCUUGAGGGAAUUACAUUUGAGUAAUAACUAUUUGAGCGACGAAACAAACGAGGGCCCAUUUUGGAACCUUCCAUCUUUAAAAGGAUUAGACUUAUCAAAUAAUUUUUUUCAGAGGUUGCAACCUAAGCUCUUUUACAGCUUGUCAGCAUUGCGUAGAAUAAAUUUGAGCAGUAACAAGUUAACAGUUAUAGAUCCGAUAACAUUUGUGGACUGUACACUGUUAGAAUAUAUCAAUAUUUCCUCAAAUGCCUUGGUCUCUAUUCAUCCAGCGACUUUCAGGAAUUUGGUGAAUCUUUAUGAAAUAGAUGCUAGUUCCAAUAGACUUGUGGAAUUUCUUCCUGGAUUGCCAAGAGGUUUGGAAAAUUUGUACCUGCAAAAAAAUCAAAUACCAAGCUUACCUGCACCACCUUCUCCCGAUUUAGAUUUACCAUCUUUGAGAACAUUAGAUUUAUCUAAUAAUGGUAUACAAAAAAUACCGUACGGCGGAAUGAAGUCUUUACAUAACUUAAGGCGGUUUUAUAUGAAACGCAACGGAUUGAAGCAACUUGAAGCUAUGAUAUUAACGGAUCUACCGCGUCUAGAAGUAUUGGAUAUAAGCGAAAAUCAAAUACUCUUGGUACAUCAAAAAAGUUUAAGUAAGCUAAAAAAUCUCAAACGGCUGAACUUACAUGGAAAUCAAAUUGUAAAUUUUGAUUUUGCUGCAAUAAAGGAUCUUGAUGGACUUUUAGACAUAAAUAUUAGUAAAAAUAAAUUGCGAAAUAUAUCGCCUAGUGCUAUAAGUGCACCAUUUGAGAUUGAAAUAUUAAAUAUUUCUUCUAAUAAUUUACAUGAAUUACAGAUUGAUUUAAAUAUUAUGUCAAAUAUUAAAGUAUUUGACUUUAGUUACAACCUUAUAAAGUAUUUAGACGAAAAUAGUAUUAAUAAAAUGCAUAUGUUGAAAGAACUUAAAGCACAGCAUAACAAAAUUAUAGAACUUCACACAGGAUCCUUCAAAAAUCUUAGGAGUUUGGAAAUAAUUGAUAUGAAUAACAAUCAAAUUGAGUUAAUACAUCCUUUGGCAGUAACAGAUCUAUAUAAUUUAACAUCAAUUUAUUUGGGUGGAAACCAUAUAAUGGAUCUACCCGACAGAGUGUUUUCAAAUCUACUGAAGUUGCGAGUUAUUGAGUUACAAGGGAAUCAAUUACAAUUUAUAUCAAUGCAAGCCUUUGAUAAUAUACCAUUAGUACAAUACAUGAAUGUAAGCAGAAACAAAUUAACUAACUUAGAAAAUAGUGGAAUAAAACAUCUUUCAUCAUUAGAAGUUUUAGAUUUAAGUUUCAAUAAACUCUCAGUCAUAACAAGAGAUUCUUUUAUAAAUAUGGAAUGGCUUGUUGAACUUAAUCUCGAUAAUAAUUUGAUUUGUGCAAUAAAUGGGCAGCCAUUUGAUUCAAUGUCCCGUCUAAAAAUUUUAUCCCUUCGUCACAACAAAUUAACAAGUAUAUUCGAAAGUAGUUUUGAAAAAUUACGGAACAAUAUAGCUAUUUUGGACAUUGAUGAUAAUCCACUCAUAUGUAAUUGUGAAAUAAUUUGGCUAAAGUCAUGGUUAUCAGAAUCAUUUUCAAUUGGACCUAAAUGUUCAGAUGGAACUCAUGUUAGAGAAAUGCCUUUUGGCAGAAAUGACUGUCCAAAUGUUCCACAAAGUAAAGCUAUGUCUACAUUAUGUAAACCUUCCGAUGAUGUAAUUGCCGCAAACUUAGGCACAUCUCAAGUAUUUACAAACAUUGAUAAAAUCAAAGAUUAUGCUACACAUAUUCGUAAUCAUUAUCAUGGUAACAAAAUUAUUGAUAAACCAACUCCAGAGGAAUCUGAAUACUUUUAUGAAGAUUAUAUAGAUUACCCAUACAAUGAAACAGUUAAUGAAAACUUAAACAAUAAUAAAAAUAUAAAUCAAAGUAUAGGUAAAAAUAAAAACAGUGAAAAAAUUCCAACAAUUUAUGCUUCAACACCAAAUAAUAAUAUCAAUAGUACAAGUAUGAAACCAGUCACUACAUCAACAAGUGGUACAGGUGGGUUAACUUUCUUUGGCUUUCCAUUACCUUCAUUGGAUAUGGGAAAGCUACUUACAACUGGUCGUAAAAUGGAUUGGCCUGAAAAUAAAAGUCAGCUUAACUCUAUAAGAUAUCCAGUAACAGAGAACCCCAGAUUUGAAACUGGUGGAUUUUCACCAAUAUUACCACCUACUUCUAAUGUUUUCUCUCCAAUGACAAUUCCAAAUACAAAUAUCUCCAAAGCAAUAGUCAGCAAUGAGAGCAUUGGCUAUGACAAUUUUGGAAAUGUUGUUGAUAAAGCUGUCCUGAUUCACAAUGAACCUCCAAAGCAUAAAGUUCAAAAUAGUACAACACAUAAAAAAACUAAAAGUGAAGUGCACGAGCUGCAAGCUUUUCUAGAUAAAGACAACAGCACUCAUAUAGCUUAUAACAGGACAAAGAAUGUUGAAGAACAAAACAGUGAUCCAAGCAACCUUAUUAAAUAUAAUAUGAUGGAGUCAAAUUUUUCUAUAAUGCAUGUUACUGAAAAAGAGGGUAUUAUUACAACAGAUUCAAGUGAUGAUAUGUCACUACCAACUUGGCUUGAUACUACUAGCAUUGUACCAUUUACUCUUAAUCCAGUAACAACAAAACCACCUAUUAAAAAGCAAAUUGAAAGCUCCUCUACAGCCCUCUCUGCUAAGCUAGCUCAAGGACGUAGUGAACACAAUAUGAACAACAGUCGGGCAGCUACAAUUACUAAAGUGAAUAUGCCAAUUGCAGAACAUUAUGAUCUGCAUAAUAAAUAUCCACCAGUAAACAGAGAACCAAAAACAAGGUUUUAUGAUGAUGAGAAAAACCCAAAAGCACACAGUAAAGAGGAUAAAGACUGGUACUACCAAAAUUAUAAUAAAUCUAAUUUAGAACCAUAUAUUGAUCCGAAUGUUCAGAAAUCAAAGACUUCAUAUUAUGUAACUUUAUAUAACACAUAUAUUAUCAUAGGCAUUUUACUGUGUACAUUCAUUUAGUUACAAAAUAAUAGGAACAUUUUAAGAUAUAACAUUAAAAAUUAUAAAGUU